AUUAUUUAUUAUAACAUCGUCGUCUGCUGUAUACUGCAUCAAUCAAAUUGAAUCAAAUCAACAUUCAAAUUCAACAGUGUCAGAAAUUGAAGUUUUGUGAUUUUUUAGCUUAAGAGUGAUGUUGGUUUUAUAGAAAAAAAAUGUUUCUUUUAUUUGUCCUUGAAGAUUAAAUAGCUACGGAUCAAAUUUCAAAGUCAGUCGCGUGGGUUAAAAAAUUUACGAAGCAAAGAUAAUAACGAGAUUAUCUAAAUUAAAAUGGCUCCAAAUAAAGGAGCUAACAAGAGGAAAUCUGAAAGCCCUCAAACAGAAGAAAAUAUGGCUGAGAGAAAAAGGUACAUCACUCGAUCUUCUAACAGAAAUCAAGUAAGCUACCAUGAAAGUGAUGAUGAUGAAUUAAAAGAACCACCUCCAAAAAUUGUGUGUAGCUCAGAGGAUGAUGAUUUUGUGAAUCAAGACAAAGAAACAGAAGAUCACGAAGAAACCAGCAUAGAGCCUUUAUCCACAUCUGCUGCCAAGUUGGCUAAAGCUAAACGAAAUUAUAGACAUUCAGAAACCAGUUUUAAAGACAUUCCAAGAAAGAAAAUUGCAAAAGUAGUUGCACAAGCUCCAAUCAAUGUAGGGUUCAAACCUGUAAGUUAUGAUAUCUCUAAAAUGAAAUCCGAACUUGAUCUUAGUGACUCAUCAGACUCUGAAAAUGACUGCUUAACUACCACAUCAGCUUCAAAAAAACAAUGUAAUAAAGAUUCUGUAAUGACAAAUAGUUUAUGUAUGAAAGAGGAUCAAGAAAGAUCGCAUUGCACUUCCUUACAAAAAGAGUUUGUGGAACAGUUGGAUGUUUCUCCAACUGGUGUCGAUCCCUGGAUACAAAAUUUGAGAGCAUUAAAAAAUGAAUCACAACAAGAAAAUGAAUCAGUAAUGAAAACAGAAGUCAUUUCAACUAAAGCAAGAGGAAAGAAGAUAAAGCAACUUCCUACCAAAACAAGGACCAAAAACGCUGUAAAGAGAAAUCAGACUAAUGAAAUCAGUUUAGCUGAAAUGCUAAAACAAGAAGAAGUUCAAGACUCUUCUUGCUCUGAAGAUGAUGAUGAAAACUGGGAAAGAGUAAAGCCAUCAUGUGAUGUCCCUGAACAAGAUAGAGAACUACCUAAAAGUGUCGAAAUCACCCUCGAAGUUACAGGGCUGAAACAUAAAAAGAAGGGACGAGACGUUGAAAAUUUUAUUCGUCUUAAAAUCAAUCGAAUACGUAAGGAAAUUCAAAUGGAUCUGCAUCAGGUAUCAUUAGUUGGGCUUUUAGCGCACGGCUACCUUGUCAAUAAAAUGCUCUGUGAUCCAGUGGUGAUGGCUUCAGCGCUGUCUGUUGUUCCACCAACAGGAUUCCCACCAAACCGCACCGAUCUUAAUUAUUUAGAAAAAUUUAUGAAAUGGGUAGCAAAACACUUUAAUGUGGGCACACCGAGAGUAACCCAAAGUAAUCCAGAAGUAAAAGACAUAUUAAACUGUAUUUCCUCUGGUAAAGCUCAGAGCGUUGAAGAAUUAGUUUACACCUGCGUUGCCGUGUGCCGUUCAUUAGGUAUUUUAUCUCGGCUGGUUUUAUCUCUUCAGCCUUUACCGGCCAAAGUGGAUUCAAGUGAACUUCAACAGAAAUCGCCAGAUCAAAAUAAGAAAACAAAAGAGAAGAAACAUUCCCCUGUCCAGAUAGAGAAAGCUAAUACAUCUGACGUUCGGUGCGUCAUUGACAGGAGGACCAAGAAAUCCGCAAAAUCUACUGUUGGAUCUGAGCAGACAAUUGCUAACCCGAAAAACAGUUCAAAUAAAGGUAAAGCUCUUGCUACAGCUGGAAAAGGUCGUCUCAAACCUGAAUCACCAAAAACUAAAAGUGCCGCAAACCCCCAAGAAGCUCAUAAGUCGCGGCCUAGCACUUCAAAAAUCAAGGAUUCAACAUCUCAAAUGAAGAAUUCUGAUCCACCGAAUGAUUUACGCAAACGUAGUCGAAGAAAGUCAGCUGAGAAGCCAGUAAAAUAUGAAGAAUCCCCUUUUGAUGACACGGAGGAAGAAGCUGUUUCGCUUAGUAAAACUUCUGUUAAUAAGAAAAAGACUUCCCCGAAGGAGAUUAAAAAAAGUACGACUAAAGGCGACUUUAAAAAACCAAAAUCGAAAACUACUCUCAAGCGUAACAAGGAAAGUUCUUCUGACGAGUAUGAAGAACCCACUUCUGAUGAUUCCGAAAUCCAAGAGAAAUCUACAACUUCGACAAAGAACAAGAGUCACGCUGCUCAAAGUAAUGCUCAAAAACGGUCUAAGAAAAUCAUUUCCACUGACAGUGAAGGCGACGCUUUAGCAAAAAAGAAGAAAACUACCGACGUAUGGAUGGAAGUCUAUUUAGAACAGGAAGAACAGUGGAUGAGUGUGGAUGUCAUUUCUGGUCAGAUUCAUUGUGAUCGUCAUUUAGAGCGGAACGCAUCCGAUCCGCUUCUAUACGCAGUGGCUUACAAUUUUGAUCUGACAUGGAAGGAUGUAACAGCCCGCUAUGCUUCCUCGUUUUUGUCGACUACUCGCAAACAGCGAGCACAUCCUACCUGGAGUAAACUUUUGAAUAUUCAUCGAGAAAAACCUAGUCCCAGAUCCAAGGCCGAAGACGAAAGCAUGGAAAAAAGCCUCACUGAUCGACCCAUGCCCACCAGCAUCUCAGAGUUCAAGUCUCAUCCACUCUAUGCUCUUCAGCGGCAUUUGCUAAAGUUUGAAGCAAUUUAUCCUCCAACUGCCAUUCCAGUGGGUUACAUACGUAAGGAACCUGUGUAUGCAAGGGAGUGCGUAAAAAAUCUUCAUUCGCGAGAAACUUGGCUGAAGGAAGCCAAAGUUGUUCGAAUUGGUGAAAAGCCGUACAAAGUAGUUAAGGCCCGUCCAAAAUGGGAUCGCUACUCUCAAAAAAUGGUGACUGAUCAGCCUCUCGAAAUAUUCGGCGAUUGGCAGAUUGAGGAUUACAUUCCUCCCCCAGCAGUUGAUGGUGUCGUUCCACGAAACGCAUAUGGUAACGUAGAAUUGUUUCUACCUAGCAUGUUACCGAAAGGGACCAAGCACCUUCAAAUUCCAGGCUUGAACAAAGUUGCAAGGAGACUAGGAAUUGAUUGCGCUCCAGCUAUGACGGGAUGGGAUUACCACAGUGGUUGGUCGCAUCCAGUCUACGAUGGAUUUGUUGUUUGUGACGAACAUGUAGAGACUCUAAUGGAUGCUUGGCAGGCGGCUAACGAAGAACAAGAGCAGCGUGAACGAGAGAAGCGUGAGAAACGUGUUUACGAUAACUGGCGAAGGCUGAUACGAGGCUUGCUCAUCAGAGAACGCCUACAAGCGAAAUACUUCAGAAACGUUACUGAAGACGAUUUACCUCCAGUCAUUGAUGGAGCUGAGAAGGAAGUUAGUCAAACCUCAUUGUCCAACAAAAACGAAAAAAGUACAAAAAAACCAACUACGAACAAACGGAAGAAAAAGUGAUUUUUACCAUUUGCCUAUUUAAUUGUUUUACCUCUGAAAUUCUCCAUCAAUAUGUUACUCCUCCUUUACAAGUUUUGCCGUGUUUAGUGUUCACGGUCGCCCGGAAAUAAAAUUUCAAGCAGCUCA